CCAGCUGACAGUUGAGAGAACAAGCGUCUCUUCGCCACAUUUCCUCAGCAGUGACAGACCCUUCAGCAGAAAGACACGUCCAACAGCCCGUCUGGGGUUUUUAAGGUUAAAGAUGAGUGACUUGAAGCUGAAGAUAUGAAUGCUGGUGUUGCUCUCUACACACCUGUUCACCCGUGGAGUAAAGACCCCAGCACCACCCCUCUACGCCUCCCAGACUCUGACACUCCUGCAUGGAUCUUCCCUUCACUUCUCCCUGCGGCUCCAGACUCCUCCCACCCUUCCUGUGAGAGAAUGUACCCUAGUGAAUCUGACCCCCAGCACCUGGAUGCCCAGCUGGACUUCUGCCACAAGCUCGGGUACUCCACGGCUCAGGUUCAGGCCGUUCAGCAGAAGUUCGGCCCCAACAUGGACACAGAUAAACUACUGGGGGAGCUGGUUAUGAUCCGGGCCAGUCGGGAGGGCGGUCGGGGGGCUGAGCAGGGGCCGGUCACCACAAUGUCGGUGCUUGUGCCCAGAGGGGACCUCCAGGCUCUGGGGCCAACCAUGCAGCUGCCUGUGACUGCACCAUCUUUUCAGAGCAGAGAGGAGAGCAGUGAGGAUGAAGACGCUCUGAGACCCAUUGUUAUAGAUGGGAGUAACGUGGCCAUGAGCCAUGGGAACAAGGAAGUUUUCUCUUGUCUGGGAAUCCAGUUGGCUGUAAACUUCUUCGCAGAGAGAGGCCAUACUGAAAUAACCGUGUUUGUUCCUUCAUGGAGGAAGGAGCAGCCCCGGCCAGAUGUUCCUAUCACAGAUCAGCACAUUCUGCGAGACCUGGAGAGGAGGAAGAUUCUGGUGUUUACGCCAUCGAGACGUGUCGCAGGCAAACGGGUGGUCUGCAACGACGAUUGCUUCAUCGUCAAGCUUGGCUACGAGUCUGACGGCAUCGUCGUUUCCAACGACAUGUACCGGGACCUUCAGGGAGAGAAGCCUGAGUGGAAGCGCUUCAUCGAAGAGAGGCUGCUCAUGUACUCCUUUGUUAAUAACAAGUUUAUGCCUCCUGAUGAUCCUCUGGGCCGUCAUGGACCGACCCUGGAGAACUUCUUGCGGAGGUUUCCAAAGACUCCAAAAAAACAGCCGUGCCCUUAUGGAAAGAAAUGUACCUAUGGAAUCAAAUGUAAGUUCCACCAUCCUGAGCGAGCCAAACAGUCCAACCGCUCAGUUGCCGAUGAGCUUAGGGAGAGCGCCAAGCCACCGUCCACUGCAGUGAAACAAUCCAGUCCUGUGCCUGGACAGAGCCUCUCACUGGUGGAGGAUAUGGCAAAGAAACUGACUCUGGGACAUGAAAGUGGCUCCUUAAAGAAAGACCAUAAAUACAAUCAGGUGAAGGCGAGUCACCGCUCCAGCAAGAAGGCCACAUCUAGAAAGGAGAAGAGCAGCCAGCACUCGGCCUCUGACCACAGCUCAGUGCGGCAGAGUAGCUCACAUGAGCAGCUGGACUCUGGUCUAGGCUCCAUAGACAGUCAGCCGAUGGAUGCUCCUUGGAGUGUGUGUGAUCACAAGCAUAGUGCAUCAUACAAGAGCUCUCAGCACACCCACAGUGUGAGAAAACAGUAUUGCCCUCCGUGCAGCUGCUGCUCACAUGACCUUACUUCUCAGGGCCCCACACCAGCGUUCCACCACCACAACCAGCAUUUCAGCAUUCCCUACCCGCCUCCUUACGCUAGCUAUGGUACAUACCCUGUCAGCAUGCCUGCAUACAGUCAGCCGACAGAUUUCCAGCACAGCAGAGUCCCCAGCCGCCCACAGCAGCAGUACUGGUCUGAUCCGUUUGGGGCUUAUCCCCCAGCAGGCUGCAGCCUGCCAGGGGAGCGCUCGCACUGGGAGCCUCCUCAGGGGGCGAGUCCUGGCAGGGAGGAGAGAGAGAUUGUCAGAAAGAAGCUCCUCGCUAUCUUCAGUGCUCACUUCGUUGACACGGCCAUGGACAUGUUUCCUCAGCAGAUGGAUCCACAGAUGUUGGUUGCUGAGAUCCUCAAGUUGCAGAGUCAGAACAGGACGCUGAAAUGAGAUGAAGUAGCGCUGGUGUAAACCCUCGUCUUUCAGUGGAAAGACUGAAAAGAUAAACAUGAGUUUGUGUAUUUAUGUAUUGUGGUAUCCACCUGUAUUCAAAUGCCUUUUUUAAAUUAUGUUACAUUGUAAGUUGCCUCUGUGAACUGGGUAAUUAGAGGCUGUAUGCGGUUGAUACAAAUUGUAUCUUUAUUAAAAAAUACAAGAAAAAGUGGAUUUUAAUGCCACUAAAUGGGGUUUAAAAGGUUAACAUCCUGUUACUCUUAAGGUGUGCUCAGAAUCCACUGUAUUAGGUACACUUGAUGCAUUGAACACCUGGUCUGCCAUAAAAUGUACUUGUAGCAUUG